AGCCAAGAUGGCGGCGACGGGAGACCCGCUCCGCCCCCGCUCCCUGUGCCCGGCCCGCGGCCCCGGCCCCCGGCGGGGCUGAGCUCCCCGGCCCCGACACCGACACACGCACCGGCCCCGACACCGGUACCGGCCCCUGGUGGGGCUGAGCGUCCCGGCCCUUUCGCCCGGCCCCCGGCACCGGCCUCACCGCUCCGCACCGGGACAUGCCCGCGUAGUGCCCCCUGCCCCAGCACAGCCCCCCCCGCCGGGCCGGGCUCGCGCCCCUCGCCCCGCAUGGCCCUGCCGCUGCCCUGAGCCGCCCGGCGCCCCCCGGCCCUGAGCCCGCGCUCGGCCCGUCCCCGGCGGUGCCGGUGAGCGACCGCGAAGAUGUUCUCGGCCCUGAAGAAGCUGGUGGGCUCGGACCAGGCUGCGGUCCGCGACAAGAACAUCCCCGCGGGGCUGCAGUCCAUGAACCAGGCGCUGCAGAGGAGGUUCGCCAAGGGAGUCCAGUAUAACAUGAAAAUUGUCAUCCGAGGGGACAGGAACACUGGGAAAACCACACUCUGGCACCGACUACAGGGAAAAAAAUUUAUUGAGGAAUAUAUUCCGACUCAGGAGAUCCAAGUCACCAGCAUCCACUGGAAUUAUAAAACCACUGAUGAUAUUGUGAAAGUUGAAGUAUGGGAUGUAGUUGACAAAGGAAAAUGCAAAAAACGAGGAGAUGGUUUGAAACUGGAGAAUGACCCUCAGGAGGCAGAGUCAGAAAUGGCUCUGGAUGCAGAGUUCCUGGAUGUCUAUAAGAACUGCAAUGGUGUAGUGAUGAUGUUUGACAUCACCAAGCAGUGGACAUUUAACUAUAUUCUGAGGGAGCUUCCUAAAGUACCGACCCACGUUCCAGUGUGUGUGCUUGGGAAUUACCGGGACAUGGGGGAGCACCGGGUCAUCCUGCCCGGUGACGUGCGGGACCUCAUUGACAACCUGAACAGGCCUCCUGGCUCCUCCUAUUUCCGCUAUGCUGAGUCUUCCAUGAAGAACAGCUUUGGCCUCAAGUACCUGCACAAAUUCUUCAACAUCCCCUUCUUGCAGCUGCAGAGGGAGACGUUGCUGCGGCAGCUGGAAACAAAUCAGCUGGAUAUUGAUGCAACUCUGGAGGAGCUGUCAGUGCAGCAAGAGACUGAAGACCAAAACUACGAACUGUUUCUUGAAAUGAUGGAAGCCCGAAGUCAAGGACACACGUCACCACUAACAACGAACGGGCAGAGCCCUUCCUCUGGCUCCCAGUCGCCCAUCGUACCUCCGAGCUCCACGUCGACAGGCAGCUCUAGUCCUGGCACCCCACAGCCGGCACUUGCCACAGGCUCCACCAUCUCUCCUGACCCCCCACCAUCCUUUUCACCGGUGCCUGCGCCCGAGGCCCCACAGCCCCACGUGCCUGCGCCGGCACCCCCGGCCGCAGCCCCCCCGCCCAAACGUGGCAUUAUUGCGCGGCUGUUUGGGACGUCCCCUGCCUCAGAGCCCUCUCCUCCCCAGCCAGCCCCUGCCAAGGUACAGAGCGUGGAGGACUUUGUUCCCGAGGACAGCCUGGACCACAGUUUUCUGGAAGACUCGGCACCGCAGAAGGACAAAGGGAAAGCACAGGCCAAACACCGUGUGGAUAGUGAAAGCGAUGGAGAGGCAGCCGGGGGGAACCCCAUGGUGGCAGGUUUCCAAGAUGACCUGGAUCUGGAUGACAAAAUUCCCAGCAGACCAGUGCUGGCAGGAGAACGGGUGCCCAGCAAGAACAUCACCCUCUCCAGUGAGGAGGAGGAAGAGGAAGAGGUGAAGGACUCUAAGGUCAUCCUCAUACCAGAUGGAGACAAAAACACGGAGCAGGAAAAAAAAAGGUCUUCCAGAAGUUCUCUGAAACCACAGAGUGAAGCAAUUUUGACCAAAGCAACUGACCCGAAGCCUCCUGACAGUUUACCUUCCCGUUCCGGGUCUGAACGAAACAGCAGCAGCAAGGUCAACACUGGCCUGGCAGCCACUGCUCCUGCCCCUGCAGCAGCAGCCCAGGCCUCAAAGGCCACUUCCCAAAGCAAAGGACUUGCUUCCAAGCAGAAAGUGGUCAAAGAGGAGAAGCCUGAGGAGUCUGACAGUGAUCAAGAGGGACCAAUAGCUACUCAGAUGCUCUCAUUUGUUAUGGAUGACCCAGACUUUGAAAGUGAAGAUUCUGACAGCCAGAAGAAGAAAAUGGAUGAAUUCCCAGUGAGGGAAGAUCUCUCAGAAGUAUCUGAUGAUGAUACCUCGCCGGCAAAGCCACCCCAACCUGUGAAAUCAACAGUCCCCUCAUUUAAACUGAAAAAUGACUCAGAUCUCUUUGGUUUGGGUUUGGAAGAAGCUGGUCCCAAGGAGAGCAGCGAGGAAGAUAAACAACCUUCUAAGGAGAAAAAGAAGAAGAAAAAGAAAAGCAAAGAGGUACUGUUUAAUUCCUCAGAGCUGAUCUGCCAUGUUAUCUACCAACCAAGAACAGGGGUGGCCUUCUGUGGUGUCCUCUGGGGACCAGGUGGACUCCCUUCCAUGUUCACAUCCUGCAGCUGGUGUGUGCCUCCCAGGCUCUGCAGACCAUUGAGCUUCAAAUCAAGCUUUUAGAGCAGCUGAAUUUUGAAAAGGGAGUGUUUGAGCUUGUAAAAUACAGGAUGAGGCAGAGCAGUGCAUCUGUGCUGAACUGAGAGUGUUCAUAGCAUAGAUAUUUCCCGAGCAGAGGGGGUGUCCCCAACAGACCUAAUCUCAGGGACAGCGAGGGAAGUCUGCAGGAGUCUUUUUCUGUGCCAUUUCUGCCUGUCCAAUACCGUGGUAUUGUUGGGCAUAAACUGCCUGACAGACCACUGCUACAUAUAAGCCAGGUGGUCUGUCCACUCUUCUGUCCAAGCUUGCAGAAUGGUCUUCUGGAAUUAACUCCAAGCCAGCCUUAGUAGUAGAUGCUUCACCCUAACCUGAUCCAGUUGAAGAUGUCCCUGCCCAUAGCAGGGGGUUUGGACUAGGUGAUCUUUAAAAGGUCCUUACCAACCAUUCUGUGAUUCCCAUCGGAGCCAAGUGUCAGAGCAGUAUAUCCUGGGUCACUGGAAUACUCAGAGGAUUUACUAAUAAAAAUGCUCUCAUUUUACAGGAAGAGGACAAGUCAGUGAAAAAGAAGAGCAAACACAAGAAGAGCAAAGAGAAGGAGGAGAGCAAAGAGGAGAAAGAGAAAAAGAAAAAGAAAAAGAAGAGCAAGGAGAAAAGCAGUGAGAUAGAUGAACUUGAGGCUUUUCUUGGCGGAGGAGGAGCCAGCAUGAGCAAGCCACGGGGCGGGGGGGACUAUGAGGAGCUGUAGGCUGGCUGUGAACUCUGCACCGUGGCUGUCUCCAUCUUCUCUGACGAGUCACCCCAGGACAGGCACAGAUGUGUAAAGCUUUGGCCAUUUAAUGUAUAUUCUCUCAAACCAGAGUGAGCAAAACAAAAGCUUUACAUCUGUGUGUGCUGGCCUGGUGCAUCGUUACACAAAGCAAACGCAGCUGAGAUGUACAUGAGCCAGGGGAAGGUUCAGGGUACGGCUUCCAGGCUGUCGGCUUUUCUCCUUCCAGAGAUGCCCCGUCGGGUCGCUGGCAGGGUGUGGGCGUGAGGGGACCUGCCUCCUGCUCCGUCCCUGCUGCAUUCCACUCCUGCACACUUGAAAUUCCUGUCUUGUUAAGAGGAGUACAAAAACAUGCCGCAUGAACGCAUCGUGCUCGACUGUCUCAAGUCUUUAACUUCUUAUCCUUCCUAUUUUUUUAAGGAGAAAGGUGAUAUUGGCCAUAGCUUCACCCAGCAGUUGAUGAGCUUUAAGUCAAGCAGAUCAUCUAUGGUACAGCUCUCUAAAGUAGCAGGCGCAGAGCCAGCGUGAAAGAGAGUGUGUGUGAUUUUUGAAGCCCUUUGAACGGGACCUUUCUGCACAGCAGCUUAAUUAGCCCUCACUGGUGCUGCUGUUGGAAUUCAUGAAGCCCAUUGAUUUCCGUGGCCCCGGUGUCUCAGACACUACAUGUAAGCUGCUAUGCAGUUUGGGAAAACAAUGCAAAGUGGAAAGAUAACCUGAAAGAGAGAGAAAAAUCAGUGCUUUUCUGCACUUCCCACUCUUAAAUUUGCAUAUUCCAGAAUCCCCUCCCGCCGGGACCUCUCAGGGACAUGACUCCAUAUGGAAAUGAAGAUAUCCAGAGCUUCAGAAUUGGCUACAGGGCAGUGUUGGCAUGGCAAGGCAUUUGCUUCUCAGGCAUUUUACAGUCAGGCUGUAAAGCCCCAGCUGCCGCUCUGCACCGAGAGGGACCAGCACUGCAGCUCAGCAGCGUCCGUCCUGCUCCAGCUUCUGUCCAUACUGCAGCCAGCCAGCGUGCUGCCUUUCCUGCCCCAAGCAGAGCCCCCUCUGCCUCGUGUUUGGGAAGCCUUUUAGUUUUUGCUUUGAACUUAAACCUGUGGAUUGGUACCUGCUCAGCAGCCAUUGGAUGGGCACUACGGCCACCCAUGGCACUCACCUGUGCCUCAGUGAGCAGCCUCUGUGUUUGAUGGAGUGGUCAGUACUCUGCGCUCCUCCUGAUUUGGUUCUGGGGUCCCUUGCUCAGCUCAGACGGUGAAGCUCCCUCCAGGUUCUGUGCAUUUCAUUUCCCUCUUGCUUGUAAGUUGAUUUGAGGUUUGGUUUUGUUCUCUCUCUCCCCUUUUUGUUGUAAGAUGUCAACCAUGAAAUCCAAACUGGAGUUUCCUUCUGUGUCCCUAUCAAGCAAUGUGUUCUUUUGAUCCGUUAUCCACUCCAGAGCUGUCUUGACCAGCAGGCAUUCUCCUGCUCCAUUUUUCUUUUUGUUGCCCACAAAAUGCACUUGUAACCAUUUCCCUAUAAAACAAAUUGUUUUUUUUGCUGCAUGAGCAGUGUAUCGUUCAGGUCUGUUUGCCAUUAGCAUUUGCCUCCUCUGAGCAUUCCACAUGACACUGUAGGGAAAUUGCAUGGGACUGUUCAAACUGCACACCUGGGGAGGAAAAGGAAGACUGGGACAGGACCGGUUUGCAGCCCCUCAUGCGUGAAGGCAGGUGGGCACUUGAGCCUCAGCUGCUGCAGUCCUGAAAGCAUUUCUGUUCCACCAGGAUUCUGGGUCAUGUUCCAUUUCUGCAUCGAGAAACCCUGGUACAGUCCAUUCUGACUAUAAAGCUCUGUUGUACACCUGC